GACACCCUGAACAACAACUCUCUGGCGAAAAAGCACAGUUGGCAGGAGCGGGUGUCCCGGUCAUCAUCCCCUCUGAAAACGGGUGAGCAGACCCCUCCCCACGACCACGUUUGCCUGAGCGAUGAGGUCAAUCACCAAAACAGCACAACCUCCACCAAAGACCGGGGCACAUCCACGGAGAGCCCGUGCCGGCGCACAGCAGCCACCCAGCUGGUCCCCGAGGCCCACCGGGACCGCAUCCACUACCAGACGGACGUAAGGCUGGAGGCCACGGAGGAGAUCUACCUGACGCCUGUGCAGAAGAACUCGGAUCCUCUGGAGACUGACAAGCCGUUCCUGUCCCAGUCCAGCGAGAACCGCAUGUCCAUCAGCUCCGACAUCGACACCUCUGGCUACUCAGCCCUAGCAGGGAAAACCAACCCCUCCAUCAGCGAGGAGGAUGAGGUGCUGGACUACAUGUCCUCUCCUGACAAGACGAACCUGCCCAGGGCCUCCUGCGGUGGUGGGAGCGGUGGCUCCCGGCCAGGGCACAACCUCCAGAGAGCCUCGGUGAGCUCGGACACCAGCGCCCUGUCCUACGACUCGGUCAAGUACACUCUGGUGGUGGACGAGAACGUGCAGCUGGAGCUGGUCAGCCUCAAGCAGUGCUACUCGGGCUACAGCGAUGAGAGCGACUCGGCCACCGUCUAUGACAACUGCAUCUCCUCGCCCUACGAGUCGGCCAUCGGCGAGGAGUACGAGGAGGACGCGCUGAAGCGCGACUCGGUGUGCCUCUCCGAGGACUCCACUCCCGAGGCGGACAUCCACUUCUCCAAGAAGUUCCUCAAUGUCUUCAUGAGUGGACGGGCACGCUCCUCCAGUGCCGAGUCCUUCGGGUUGUUCUCCUGUAUGAUCAAUGGGGAGGAGCAGGAGCAGACCCACCGCGCUGUCUUUAGGUUUGUGCCUCGCCACGCGGAUGAGCUGGAGCUGGAGGUGGAUGACCCUUUGCUGGUGGAGGUGCAGGCAGAAGAUUAUUGGUAUGAGGCCUACAACAUGCGGACGGGUGACCGGGGUAUUUUUCCUGCUUACUAUGCUAUUGAAGUCACCAAGGACCCAGACCAUAUAACAGCUCUGGCCAAGAGCAGUGACUGGGUGGACCAGUUUCGGGUGAAGUUCCUUGGCUCGGUGCAGGUUCCCUAUCACAAGGGCAACGACGUGCUAUGCGCGGCCAUGCAGAAGAUUGCCACCACGCGCCGCCUCACUGUGCACUUUAACCCACCCUCCAGCUGCGUCCUGGAGAUCAGCGUCCGUGGGGUCAAGAUUGCUGUGAAAGCUGAUGACUCCAAGGAGCACAGCAAGGUAAACAAGUGUAGCCAUUUUUUCCAGCUGAAGAACAUUUCCUUUUGUGGGUACCAUCCAAAGAACAACAAGUAUUUUGGGUUCAUCACCAAGCAUCCUGCAGACCACAGAUUUGCCUGUCACGUCUUUGUGUCGGAGGAGUCCACAAAGCCACUGGCGGAGUCUGUAGGGAGGGCUUUUCAGCAGUUCUACAAGGAGUAUGUGGAGUACACGUGCCCCACGGAGGACAUCUACCUGGAGUAGGGGCUGGCACAGGCACCUCCUGCACAGCCAGGGCUGCAGUGUUGCCCCUUCCCCGUGUCGUGCAUGGACAAGAGCUGCUUUGAGCCUGGAGGAGGAGCAGGCCCUGGGCAGGGCUCCCCAGGGCACAGGGUGCAGCCUCUUUUCGUGACUCCCCUUCCUCGGGCUGGGGGGGACGGGAGGGGGGAGGGCUGGACAAAUUGUGUUUAUUGUACAAAAUACUCUUAGUUUAUUCUAUUGGAGAAGUUCCUGCUGGGUGCCCUGCCUGUGAGAGGUGGAGCGUGCUCAGGCCCUUUCCUGCUGCAGGCUGGGGUGACAGCAUCUCCUCCUUGUGACCAUGGCCCAGCUUCCCGUCACAUCCCUCUGGGGUGACUUUUAAUGCAGAGUCGGGCUCCUGCAGUAUCAAGACAGAGCAGCUACA